UUACUCCCUGCAUCACCUCCCUGAUGUGUCAAGGCUGAGCGCCAGCAUUCAACCCAGGAGGCCCUGACUGCAAAGCAGAGAGGGGUUCCCCUUCCUUCUCUCCUGCACCCCACUAACCCUUACCUUGUUUGUGGGACACCUUUCAAGCUCUACCCUCACUCCCCUCCCCAGCUUCCUCUGCCCCCGCCCCCAACUGCCUGCACAGUCCCCUCCCUUGGCAGGCUCCAGGUCGGGACUGAGACCCUGGAAAGAGCUCCUCCUCUGCAGGUCACAAGGAGAUACUCUCACUCUCAGUCGGCCGCAAACAGACCCCGCCCCUCCGAGCUGCUUCUGAGUCCUGGACCUGCUCCUUUCACCACAUUCCAUAACCUGCCGGUGCCUGGAAGGAGACGACAUGGGGGCUCCUCCGUGCAAGGCCAAGGGGCCCUGGCUGCAGCUCCAGAGACUGCUGACCGCCUGGCUGGCCCGAGAGCAAGACUGGGACCAGCGCCUGGAUGAGGUCCACAUGCUACAGCAGAAGAGUAUUCGAGAGUCUCCACUGCUCCGUGCGGCCAAGGACAAUGACCUGUGUGUCCUGAAGAAGCUUCUGCUUGACCGAACCUGUGACUUUCGGCAGAGAGGGGCCCUGGGGGAGACGGCCCUGCACAUCGCAGCGCUCUAUGACAACCUGGAGGCCGCCCUGGUGCUGAUGGAGGCGGCCCCGCAGCUCGUCAAGGAGCCCACCACGUGCGAGCCAUUUGUAGGCCAGACCGCCCUGCACAUAGCCAUUGUGAACCAGAAUGUGAACUUGGUGCGAGCCCUGCUCGCCCAUGGGGCCAGCGUCUCCGCCAGAGCCACGGGCUUGGCCUUCCACUACAGCCCCCGCAACCUCAUCUACUUCGGGGAGCACCCUCUGUCCUUUGCUGCCUGCGUGGGCAACGAGGAGAUUGUGCGGCUGCUCAUCGAGCACGGAGCUGACAUCCGCGCCCAGGACGCCCUGGGAAACACGGUGCUGCACCUCCUCAUCCUCCAACCCAACAAGACCUUCGCCUGCCAGAUGUACAGCCUGUUGCUGUCCUACGACGGGCGCGGGGACCACCUGCAGUCCCUGGAGCUGGUGCCCAACCACCAGGGCCUCACCCCCUUCAAGCUGGCCGGGGUGGAGGGCAACACCGUGAUGUUCCAGCACCUGAUGCAGAGGCGGAAGCACAUCCAGUGGACUUACGGGCCACUGACCUCCACGCUCUACGACCUCACGGAGAUCGACUCUUGGGGAGAGGAGGUGUCCUUUCUGGAACUCGUGGUCUCCUCCAAGAAGCGGGAGGCACGCGAGAUCCUGGAGCAGACCCCAGUGAAACAGCUGGUGAGCUUCAAGUGGAACAAAUACGGGCGCCCGUACUUCUGCACCCUGGGGGCCCUGUAUGUGCUCUAUAUGGUCUGCUUCACCAUGUGCUGCGUCUACCGUCCCCUCAAGUUCCGGCACGACAACCACACUGAUCCCAGAGAUAACACCAUCCUCCAGCAGAAGCUACUCCAGGAAGCCUAUGUGACUCAGCAGGAUAAGUUCCGACUGGUGGGGGAGCUGGUGACAGUCAUUGGGGCAGUGGUCAUCUUGCUCCUAGAGAUCCCUGACAUCUUCAGGGUUGGGGCCUCUCGCUAUUUCGGACAGACUGUCCUCGGGGGACCGUUCCACGUCAUCAUCAUCACCUAUGCCUUCCUGGUGCUGGUGACCAUGGUGAUGCGACUGGCCGACAUGAACGGGGAGGUCAUGCCCAUAUCCAUCGCCCUGGUGCUGGGCUGGUGCAGUGUUAUGUACUUUGCUCGAGGAUUCCAGAUGCUGGGUCCCUUCACCAUCAUGAUCCAGAAGAUGAUUUUUGGAGACCUAAUGCGUUUCUGCUGGCUGAUGGCUGUGGUUAUUCUGGGCUUUGCCUCAGCAUUCUAUAUCAUUUUCCAGACUGAGAAUCCAGUCAAUUUGGGCCAUUUCUACGAUUACCCCAUGUCCCUGUUCAGCACCUUUGAGCUUUUCCUCACCAUCAUUGACGGACCUGCCAACUACGAUGUGGACCUGCCCUUCAUGUAUGGCAUUGUCUACUUUGCCUUCGCCAUCAUCGCCACACUGCUCAUGCUCAACCUGUUCAUUGCCAUGAUGGGCGACACCCACUGGCGGGUGGCCCACGAACAGGAUGAGCUCUGGAGGGCUCAGGUGGUGGCCACCACAGUGAUGCUAGAAAGGAAGAUGCCUCGCUUCCUGUGGCCUCGGUCAGGGAUCUGUGGGUGCGAGUAUGGCCUGGGGGACCGCUGGUUCCUGCGAGUUGAGAACCACCAUGACCAGAAUUCUUUCAAAGUGCUUCGCUACGUGGAAGCUUUCAAGAACUCAGAUAAGGAGGAUGGACAAGAGCAUCUUUUUGAGAAACAACCUUCUUUGCUUGAAAGUGGGGUUCUAGCCAGAACCUACCCGGUCCUCCCGACCCCUUCUUUGUCCCGCACCACCUCCCACAGCAGCAACAGUCACCGGGGCUGGGAGAUCAUUCGUCGCAACACCCUGGGACACUUGAAUACUGGAUUAGACGUCGGUGAAGGAGACGGAGAAGAGAAGGUCUACCAUAUAUAGUUAGGAGCGCUGCUGUUCUUGACGUGAUUCCAGGUGGGCCUGGAGUGGUGGGGGAGCAGAGGGAGACACUUGCCUAUGCAAGUAGGUAGCAUUCAUGCCUGUGACUCAUGAGAGGGUGUGGACAGAGUAAUUCUUAAAGGCCUGGAUACAUCAACAUUUCUGAGAUGGGAAGUGGCCGUCUGUUGUCUCAUCAAUCUUCUUGGUACUUAGAAGUCCCUCAUCUUGGGAAUAGAGGUGUCUCUUCAAGCCGAGUUGGACUUGAAAACUGAAGGCAUGAAGUAGGGGUGCUAGAACAUCUAUUUCACCUCUUUUGCUGACCCGUGCGAGCACUAGAGAUGAAUGAGUAAGCUAUGACACCUGCCUGACUCCGUGGCGCUUCUUGUGGAAAGAGCCAGACAUAGCACUGAGGUUAUGGCCCUACCCUUUUUCCUGCACUCCUGAAGUAUUCUCUCCCCACCUAGUAACCACCCCCCAACCAGAAAGCUGCAAGAAGAAAGUUUCUUUAUUCUUGCCCUAUUUUACAAAUUAUUGUGGUAAGAUGCACAGAAGUACAAAGUUACUAUUGUAGGUGUGCCAUUCCUUGGCAUUAGCUACAGUCACAUCACUACUAGACAUCUACAAAAUGUGUCAUCUUCCCCAACUGAAACAUACCUAUUCCACACUGAUUCCCUGCUGUGUCCUUGCCCUGGAAACCAGUGUUCUACUUACUGUCUAUCUACGAGUUUGACUGCUCCAAGUACCUCAAUAAAUGGAAUUAUACA